GUCACUUUUAGUAACGUUAACGAGCUAAGAAGUGUCGGGUCACUAAUAACGAAUAUUUAUUUUCAUAUUUAUUAAUUUAUAUAUUUAUGGGAAUAGUAAUUUGGAAUUUUUGAGUGAAACCAUUUGCUGCUGGUUUUGUUUAUAUAUAUAGAUAUAUAUAUAUAUAUAUAUAUAUUUUUAUAAGGAAGUAUUUGGUAGGAUGGAGGUCCUCCAUCGUCCUGUAUUUGUUGUUGUCGUCGGUGGAUGGAGAUGUAUAUCCACGUGUAUAAUAUUCGUGUUAUUUUCCCUAUCACUGGUAUCUUGUCAGUUGGAUUUGCCUCCCCUAAGAGACGAGCGCGUGUCUGCAGACGCUUAUAAUCAGCGUAAUCGCGGAUCUAUAGAUUCGUAUAACCAACGUGACCGUGGAUCGAUAGAUCCUUACAAUCAGCGUGACCGUGGAUCUUCAGAUUCUUAUAAUCAGCGUGACCGUGGAUCUUCAGAUCCUUAUAAUCAACGUGACCGUGGAUCUUCAGAUCCUUAUAACCAACGUGACCGUGGAUCUAUAGAUCCCUAUAAUCAGCGUGAUCGAGGAUCUAGAAUAAAUGACUUGGAUUAUAAAAAUGUCCUUGCGCGAUUGGAUUUUCAAGGUGCGGAAAGGUGCAGCAAUAAUGUCGCCGCUCAAUGGAAUUAUGAGACUAAUGUUAAUGAAUACUCGCAACUUCAAGCUUUAGAAGCCCAACGAGAUUACGCAGAAUUUCAAAAUGGCGCAUGGCAAUUGAUCAACAAACUAGACGUCUCCAAUCAACGUGACCCGGUCCUCCAAAGACGAUUGAGAUAUCUAUCAAUCGUCGGUCCAGCUGCUUUGCCACCCGACCAAUUAGACCGGUAUAAUCGACUGAUAAAUGAUAUGCUGGCGAUUUAUAAUUCGGCGACUAUUUGCGCGCAUAAUGAUCCAUUUAGAUGCGGACUGAGACUGUAUCCAGAAAUAUCAAAACUAAUGGCCAAAAGUAGAGACUGGGAUGAAUUACAGUGGGUGUGGGUGGAAUGGCGACGACGAAGCGGCUCGCAAAUCCGUGACCUCUAUAGUCAAUUAGUCUUUUUGAAUAAUGAAGUUGCCAGAUUAAAUAAUUUUACUGAUGCAGCAGACUAUUGGAUGUUCCCAUACGAGUCACCGGAUUUCCAGCAGGAAUUAGACGAAGUGUGGGAAAGUGUCCGACCUCUUUACGAAGAACUUCAUGCGUAUGUCAGAAAGAAGCUUCGCGAUCUCUAUGGACCUGAAAGAAUCGGCGGACAUACUCCGCUUCCUGCUCACAUACUUGGAAAUGUAUGGGGACAAUCGUGGACGAAUCUUCUUGACAUAACUACUCCGUAUCCUGGCAAAUAUUACAUGGAUGUUACGGAAGAAAUGCAAGCGCAGGGGUACACGCCCAUAGAUAUGUUCCGUAUUGGAGAAGAAUUCUACCUCUCACUAAAUUUGAGCGCAAUGCCCCAGGAAUUCUGGUCGGGAAGUAUAAUCGUCGACCCGGGUGACCGGCCAUUAAUUUGUCAGCCUUCCGCUUGGGACUUUUGUAACCGCGUAGAUUAUCGAAUAAAAAUGUGCACAAAAGUAACAAUGAAGGAUCUGAUAACUGUCCACCAUGAAAUGGCGCACAUUCAAUACUUCCUACACUACAGCCACUUGCCGCGUGAAUUCAGAGAUGGCGCCAAUCCAGGCUUUCACGAGGCCGUCGGAGAGGCUGUCGCUCUGAGCGUUGGAUCGCCUCGUCAUCUCCAAACCCUUGGAUUGGCGAACAAAUACAUCGACGAGCCGUCGGCAGAUAUAAAUUAUCUGUUUUCGCUGGCGAUGGAAAAAUUACCUCUGCUGCCAUUCAGCAUCGCCGUUGACCGUUGGCGGUAUGACGUCUUCCGCGGAAUCGUAAAUCGCGAAGAGUACAAUUGUCAUUGGCACAGAAUGAUGGAGCUCUACGCGGGAAUCAAACCUCCCGUUUUACGAUCGGAGGACGAUUUUGACCCUGGUGCGAAGUAUCACAUUCCUGCCAACGUUCCCUACGUCCGAAACUUUGUGGCUGGGGUACUACAGUUUCAACUUUAUCGAGGUCUAUGCCAAGCCGCAGGCCAACGAUACACCAAUGAUCCACGUCGGCCGCUGCAUAAAUGCGAUUUUUAUAGAAGCCCAGAGGCUGGACGCGUUUUAGCGAGAUUGAUGGAGAAAGGAUCCUCAAGACCAUGGCAGGACACACUCCAAGAGGCGAUCGGUGAAUUCAGAUUGGACGGUGACGCACUCAGAGAAUUUUUCAGGCCAUUGGAGGAUUGGCUGAGAACGGAAAAUCUCAGGAACGGUGAAGUUGUCGGUUGGUCUUACGACGGCGACUACUGCAAACGGAGCAUCGAAACAGCCGGUCUUCAAGUCUAUGGAGCUGGAUUUUAUAAUAGUGCUUUCUCUGUUUAUCAAUAUUCGAGUUUCGUUAUGACUUUGCUAUUAAUUAUUGUGACAGCCGUUUUUUAAAAUGAUUAUUUUAUAAAUUUAUUUAUUACUUAAGUUAUUACUCAAAAUAAAAUUUUUAAAAAUAUA